GAAUACACAGGAGAAGUUCGAGUCAAAUUUGUAGUUUAUAAGAACGACAAAUUAUUUCGGAGUAGACUUGCAGAUCCUAAGAGUUCAUAUCGAAAUGUGCUCCAAGCAAGCAUUAAUACCCUGCACAUUACUAAUCUUACAGAACCGCUUGUCUACGUCAUGGCCACUCCAGAAGAGAGACGAAUUAUCUGUGUAUAUUGGAACGAGAAAGAACGUACAUGGGUAACAAAUGGUCUUUCAACGAAUCAAACUGGAAACUGGACAAUAUGUGCUUCAACUCAUAUGACAACUUUUUCGAUUCUAUUGGACCCAAUCCCAACAGAUCGAAUUAAUUCUGAUCAUCAAGAGGCGCUAUCCGUUAUUUCCUAUAUCGGCUGUGUGAUGUCUAUCUUUGGUUUGAUACUGACCAUUCUGACAUACUCGCUCUUCCGGUGUCUGAACCGUGAUCGCUCGGGGAAAAUUCUCCUCAACCUGUGCGUGUCAAUGCUUCUGAUGAAUAUCGCUUUCUUGAUCGGAUCCCAGCAGAGAUCGAGUGUGCACGUUUGUGUUAUCGUAGCCGUCCUCAUUCACUACUUUCUGCUUACUUCCUUAGCCUGGAUGUGCGUUGAAGCCAUCAAUAUGUAUCAAAUGCUCAUCCACGUUUUUGCCAGUACAGAAACACGAUUCUUACUUAAACGUUGUCUUAUAGCUUGGGGUAUUCCACUUUUGAUCGUCGGUGCCACCGCUGGAAUGAGUUUUGAAGUGUAUGGCUACGAAAAUACCUUUUGCAUGCUGUCUCCAGUAAAUCCUUAUGCUUACUAUAUCUUCUUCCUGGGCCCAGCUUGCAUCAUUUUAAUCGUAAAUCUAAUAAUCUUCGUAAUGGUCACUAGAAUUUUACUGCAACCAAGAAUGAACACUAGACCUGGAGUUCAAAGUCAUGGUAGCUUAUAUGCUGUCAUUGGUGCCCAGGUUCGCGGAGCUUUUACUGUGAUGACUCUUCUGGGCGUCACCUGGAUUUUUGGAGCUUUAGCAAUUGAUAAAGUCAGACUAGUGUUCCAGUACAUUUUCUGUAUUGCGAAUUCUCUGCAAGGUUUUCUCAUUUUUCUUGUUCGGUGCCUUCAGUUUCCAGAAGCACGAAACGCUUGGAUUCAGUUGCUCCAAACGGGUACUUUAAAAAAGUAUCGAGGAGUUGUUCCGCCGGGAGGCUCUUGGUAUACCACUUCAAAUCCUAAUCGUAAACAAUCUAAUGGACAUACUACUACCGAUCGCAUGCUUAGCAGCACCAGUAAUGAUACCACCAACUCAAUGCUUUUCAAUAACAGUUGCUGGAAUCCGACUCCAAAUAAAGGAUCUGCGUCUCAUAAUAGCAAACAUACCAACUUAUGUCUGUUUUCCAAACACGUAAAACAACCAAAGGAUAAAGAUCUAUUAAAGGAAGAAAUAAACGCCGUAGAUGAUAAUCAGUCAGAUUCUCCAUACAGUGGAAAUACCUCUGAUAAGAUCAAUGCUAACUCACUCAGACUUUCCCAAAAUAGUGAUCAAUUUGCUUCAAUCUGUUUUAUUGAUGAUGAUGAGCCAAAUAAUAGUGAAGGGGGUGGAAUUUCGGGAGAUGAGAGCGGCUAUCAGUCAUCAUCUCCAAAAUCUAAAUAUCCGUGGAAAUACAGUUCUGCUUUCAAGAAACUCGAUGAAAUAGUGGACUUAAAUUUCGAAGAAUCAAAACACAUACAAAAUCAUUUGUCUUCAAAGGACUUCAACAGCAGCCAACUCAGUCAUUUUAAAAGUAAUGAUGAAGAAACACCGCAUAUUUGUUAAGAGAAAUAUCGAUCUUAAAAUGUGUGAAUAUCGAAAAUGUUAUAAAUUGUUUUCUUGUCGAAAAUUCUCGAUGAGGAUUUAUAUCUUGGGGUCUUUUUUUUGUGAGCCGAGAAAUUUUCUACCUUGUGUACAACACGUGUAUCUAGCAGCAACAAAACGUCAAUGAAAAAGUAGAUAAGUCUGUACGAAAAUUACUUUGAAAACAAAACCUGAAUUACCUUUAAUUGAAUACAUUUUACAGAAGCAUUUAAUGUUUCUUGCUAUGGAACUAAUUACUUAAGAGCGUUAUCCUGUUGAGAAAAUGCUCAACAGAAAUAUGCAAUAACACCUCUCUCUAUUGGUAAAGAGCUGGCCGUCAGAUGAUGGAACUGAUCUUCCUGGAAAUACUUCACUUCCUAUUUUAUUCUGAAUGAAAUUACCAGAAGUAUUUCAAUUUUUACAUUAUCAUGAAUGAGGUAUCUGAAAAAAAAAUUCUGUGACAGUGUAAAUAGUCUUUCAGGAAAAACUAAAUUUGUUAGUCAUAAUAAAUACAUUUUUAUAAAUUUUUCAUGCUGCUAAUUAUCCUUAAAAAAUAAUUUCCAAUAUUAAU